CGCGGGUGUUCGCAAUGACAUUUGGUGUCCACAACUUAUAAUAUCUUCGACUGCGAGGAUCAUACUUCACAGCUCGUCCGAGUGUUCGACCGGGGCAACACAGCAAACCUUAUAAUAUUCAUACAUGGCAAUGUUGGCGGCAAAGUCACCAUUUCCAACGUCGUUGGGGAGCUCUUCCACUCAGAGCUCCAACCAGUACACCUCAAAUAUGAGCAGUUACCGAACACAACCUUCGGCCGGUCGUUCGGAGCAUGCAUUCUUCGCCAGCCCUACCGAGUCCGAAUUCUCCGAAACCUAUGACGGACCGGAUGCUGUAAGGCACUGGGACGAAGACAAGGUUGCAGAUUGGCUGCGGAGUAUCAACUGUGGACAUUAUGUCGACCUAUUCAAGAAAAACAACAUAAACGGCGAGGUUCUCAUGGAAAUGGACCAAGCAUCACUCAAGGAUAUGGGCAUAAGAAAGAUUGGAGACCGCGUCAGGAUAGGUUCGCAAGCCAAGCUUUUCCGUAAUCGCGAGUAUAAGAAAGCCUCGAAGAAGAACCUGAAUCGACGGUCACUCGCCAGUCUCGACAACCCAUCAUACACACCGCCCUCGUCGGGCUCCCCCCGUCCGCUCUACUCUGCUCGCUCAAUCCCAAGCCAGGGUAAAUCAGACAAGAGGAUGUCCCGCCAGCUUACUGGUGGUGAACUCAACUACGCGUCUUCCCUCACACUUACUGGAAAGUCUAUCUCGCGCCCAGGUUCACCUCUAGUCGACCAAGAGAAUCGUGGCCUUCGGUCAUUGAGACAGGGCACCAUGAAUAGCCCCAAGGAUGGUGGCCGUAAGGAUGCGACUUCCUAUUUCAGCCAUCCUCCGAGCGCUUCGUCUGGCAGAACACCCGGCACCGACACUCCGCAGACUGCACGCUUUGGAUCUCAACCUCGAACAGCCACUUCUGUCAAUACGCCGCAAACUGCUCGCUUUGCUAGCCAUGUCCGGUCCAGCCCCAGCGUGGAUACGUCUGUCACCAACAGUAGUAUUCUUCCAGCCGACAAGCCUCUUAUACGAGUAAUCUUCGACAAUGGGCGCAUCUCUGUCUUUAGCGUUGAUGGCUGCAAGACUGCCGACGAAAUCAUCUUGAAGACUCUGAAGAAAGGCAAUCUAAACGAAACACACAUUAAGAACUAUUGCAUGUGGGUCCUAGAUGGAGUAGACCCAAAUCCAGCAAAGUGUCGCCGCUUGACUGAGUCUGAUCUUGUUCGAGUGUGUCAUGAUCGGCUUCGCAUGGAAAGAGGGAGACUCAUCUUGCGCAAACUCCACGCAGGAGAGCCGGAAGACGAGCAGCUCAAGACUGCAGCAAGUAUUGCAGCCCAACAACAACAGGUACAAAGGGAGAACAUCCGAGACAACAUUGUCAUCCCGUCCAGCAAUCGAAGCCAGCUAAAGAUCGAGAAGAUUACCGGAGAGUCGUUGGCGGCUGUCAGCUAUCCACUAUCUCCUACAUCUGCUCGCGAGCGGGAGCGGCAUAUUAACUCCACCGCACAGGAUCUAGAGCGAGCAGAUAGUAUCGCAUCCACCACAAGUGCCAAGGCAAGGAAGCUGAAAAGAUUUUACGGUGCCAGGCCUCCAAGUGAACUGAUCACUUCUGAUCUCACAUCAUACUUUCCAGAUGUCGAAAAGGAAGAGAUCGACAAGACUAUUCGCAUGUCCGUUCGCCGCUCGAGAAGGAUAAGUCGAGCGACGAGUCGGCUCAGUACGGCCAGCAAUUUCAGUGUGGCAUCGAGCUUGAGGGAUGCGCCACCUCUACCGUCCAUCGCCGACCAGUGGUUCCAGAACUCUGGCCAGGCACGACCUGUUCGUCCGCUCUCGGUCAUGCGGCUUGGUCUUCCAUCACAAGGAGGCUACAGAGAUUCAGUGGCCUCGUCGGUGCUUGAGCCUCUUGAAGAAGAGUCGCCUCUAGAACCGAGUCGCAAAUCAUAUGUCUCUUUCGGGGACGACAAUGCAGACCGCCUGUCUAUCACUGAUCCUGAUGGCAAUACUAUGCCUGCAAGCUACUUUGAUGAUGCUGGCAGCAGUAUUGCUGGCAGUAGUAGCCAUGGUACCGAAGCUGGUGACUCGUUGAACAAGAGACUUAGUGAAGCCAUCCGCGAUGAUGAGGAUGAAUCCGACGAGGAACUGACAGACUACCUGGAGCAAGACUCUUGGGAGAACGUCAAGUACAUGAAAGGAGCAUUGAUUGGACAAGGCUCUUUCGGCAGCGUAUAUCUAGCGCUGCAUGCAGUCACUGGAGAACUCAUGGCGGUCAAACAGGUCGAGAUGCCUUCGUCCUCCGGCACCUCCCAGCUUGACCAGAGAAAAACAAACAUGGUCGAGGCGCUCAAGCAUGAAAUCGGUCUUCUCCGAGAUCUCAAGCACCCAAACAUUGUGCAAUAUCUUGGAUCGAAUUCUGUAGAGUCGCAUCUGAAUAUUUUCUUGGAAUACGUCCCUGGUGGUUCCGUUGCAUCGAUGCUUGUCAAUUAUGGACCGCUUGGAGAAGGUCUCAUUGGAACAUUUGUCCGACAAAUCCUCACAGGUCUUGCCUAUCUUCACAGCAAGGACAUUAUCCACCGCGAUAUCAAGGGAGCUAAUAUCCUUGUCGACAACAAAGGCAGUGUCAAGAUCUCAGACUUCGGGAUCUCGAAGCGCGUUGAGGCCUCGACGUUGCUGACCCCAGGCGGCGGAAAGAAAGGCAACCCUCGCGUCUCUCUGCAGGGCUCUGUGUUUUGGAUGGCCCCAGAAGUCGUACGACAGACGGCAUACACUCGCAAAGCAGACAUUUGGUCUCUCGGCUGUCUCAUCGUAGAGAUGUUCACUGGCAGUCACCCUCACCCAAACUGUACUCAGUUGCAGGCCAUCUUCAAGAUUGGAGGUAGCGGAGACGCCAGCCCGACAGUACCUGAUAAUGCUGGUGAGGAUGCUAGGGCUUUCUUGCAGAAGACAUUCGAGAUCGACCACGAGAAGAGACCAACUGCGGACGAGCUAUUGCUCAGCCCAUUCUGCAAUCCUAAAGCAUGAUUAUAUGAAGGGACAGUCGUCACGAGAGAGUUUGAUGGUUCAUAAUGUUAUCGGAGAGGUCUCAUUAGCCGGCGUUUUGUGAUUUGGAGGGAAUACCUUAGAUUUGCUUGCACACUGAGCGCCUUACUGUACACGUUCUUACGACCGCACGAG